AGUAAUUAAUUCCGGAAAUAAAACAGUAAUAAAAGUGAAAACAAUUAAUUUUCAUUACUAAGAAUAUGUAUGUAUUUUAAGAGAGGGGGAGGAAUUUUUUUAUUCCCAUGACUCUGUGUUCAGCCGUACAGGUGUGCAUCCAUCAUGGCGGAAAGCGGUGAAGAAACGGAAAGGAAAAUUACUAUUACAGUUAAAACAAGUAAAGAAAAGCAAGAGAUUAAAGUUGAGGCUGAUGUGUCGGUCAAAGAGUUCAAAGAACUUGUAUCAAAGAAAUUCAAUGCUCCUGAAGAACAGCUCUGCCUCAUUUUUGCUGGAAAAAUCUUAAAGGAUGCUGACACAUUAAGCCAGCAUGGAAUACAUGAUGGCUUAACUGUUCAUCUAGUUAUCAAAUCCGCUAAUAGAGCUGCUGCUGGUAACACUGGAGGAACCAAUGGCAAUAACACUUGUCCAGCAGGAGCAGGAGGUACCAGUACAAGGCCAAGCAACAAUACAAGCAGUGCUAGUGCUAAUAUCGGAGCCACUCCUUUUGGAUUAGGAGGCUUAGGAGGUUUGGCUGGUCUUGGCAAUUUAGGAAUGGGGUCUGCAAAUUUUAUGGAAAUGCAACAGAGAAUGCAAAGAGAGUUAAUGCAGAAUCCCGAGAUGUUUCGUUCCAUGAUGGAAAACCCAUUUGUUCAACAGAUGAUGUCUAACCCUGACAUUAUGCGGCGCUUAAUCACCAGUAAUCCUCAAAUGAGAGAGCUUAUGGAAAGAAAUCCUGAAAUAACACAUAUGUUGAAUAACCCUGAAUUGAUGAGACAGACAUUAGAACUUGCAAGGAACCCAGCCAUGUUGCAAGAGCUUAUGAGAACUCAAGAUCGAGCUAUGAGUAAUUUGGAAAGUAUUCCAGGAGGUUUUAAUGCUCUGCAGCGAAUGUACCGUGAUAUCCAAGAGCCUAUGAUGAAUGCUGCACAGGAGGGGUUUGGCUCUAACCCAUUUGUCUCUUUGGUAUCUAACUCUGGUGGAGGGAGCAACCAAAACAACGAGCAGGUUGGGAGGGAAAAUAACGACCCCUUGCCAAAUCCUUGGACCCCUAAACCAGCAGGUGGUAGUGGGUCUACUACUGGAGGAGGGAGUGGUCCUACUCAAACUGACAGCACUAGUGGGGACUCAUCAACACCCUUGGCUGGUGGACCUUUUGGUAUGUUUAAUACGCCUGGUAUGCAGAGUUUGCUAACACAAAUGACACAGAAUCCACAACUGAUCCAGAAUAUGUUGCAAGCUCCAUACAUUCAAACUAUGAUGCAAACCAUGUCCAGUAAUCCUGAUAUGGCUCAGCAGAUUUUAGGUAAUAAUCCAUUAUUUGCUGCCAACCCCCAAUUUCAAGAUAUAUUUAACCAGUAUCUUCCUACCAUGAUGAAUCAGUUGCAGAACCCACAGAUGCAAACCCUCAUAAGUAACCCACGGGCUUUAGAAGCUAUAAUGCAGAUCCAGCAGUCCUUGCAACAGUUACAGAAUGAAGCUCCUGGACUUUUUCCAGGUUUAACUGGUCUUUCAAUUCCUACUACCAGUAAUACAACCACUGGUAGUACUGAUUCUACUACAACCACAGCCUCCUCCACCGCCUCCACUACCACCACCACUACUUCUACAGAAGCCACCAACACAUCCGCUACUGCUGGCUCUGCGGUGAAUUCAUCUGACAAGCCGGCUACGACUGCUGGUGAGAACACCUCCUCCUCUCCCGCCACCACAACUUCUACCACAUCAUCUACUUCUCCUAAUAUAACUGGUGGCACCAAUACCACAGCCAGCGGGGAUUCUAACCCUCUUGGUGGUAAUACCAGUGCUGAUGCAUUCAGUAAUUUGAUGGCCCAAAUGGUACAGAUGAUGGCCAGUGGUCAAAUGGGAAAUAAUCCAAUGACUAGUGGUUUACUCGGCACAGGACAAAUGGUUCAACCUCCUGAUCAGCGCUUUGGACCUCAAUUGGAACAGCUUGCAGCAAUGGGAUUUGUGGAUCGAGAAGCUAAUAUUAGAGCUUUGACCGCUACCCUGGGUGAUGUGAAUGCUGCCAUUGACAGGCUUUUACAACAGAGAUGAAGAGCAACAACAUAAACUUCACCACCACUGCCACCACUACCACCGUCUCUCCAUCUUUUGUUGUUGGUUAAUUUAACUUUUCCAAAUUCCAGAAAAUUUUAAAUUAAAAAAAAAAAGGACUACUAAUUAAAAGAAACUCAAUUCAUCUGCAACUACUACUACUACUACUAUUAUUAAUAAUACUCUUACUUCUACUACUUCUACAGCAAAUACAAAGAAGGGCUGUUACUAUUACAGCAGCUCUACUUUCCACAACUGGUGGUGAAAAAAAAAAAGGGUUCUUGUUGCUCUGGCUUGAUCUUAUAAACAAUGAUUUUGACAUCUGUUACCAAGGUUACCUGUGUUAUAAAAGAAUGCAUUUUGUUCUCUGCUCACGCACACACGAACACACACAUACACACACGCACACACACAUACACACACGCACACAUAGGCAUCUAUAUUUAACAAUUACUUUCGGCUGUUAUUAUUAUUAGUUUGAUCCCCUCCAAGAUAAGUCCCAUUCCCUUUUUCAGUUUGUUGCCAAUCUGAGGACACCUGCACGAAAAGACAACUCAGUUUUCUUAACUUCCUUCCAAGUCUCUUCACAAUUUUUCUUACUUCCCUUUAUCUAUAAUUUUUACUCUCUCUCUCUCUCUCUCUCUCUCUUCCUUUCUCUCUUCUCCCUUAAAUUCUAACAAAUCUCUUAUUUUAGUUGUCUGCCCUUUUAUGAACAGGCUAAUGACAAAAAAAAAAAAAGAUCAGUUUGUUCUCUCCCCCUCCCCCAAUAUAUUGAUGCAACCUCUAAUUCAGUGGUUUAUCAUUGGUCUGCUAGCUUGACAGAUAAUUAGUUGCUUCUGCUUUACUUUAUUUCCUCUUACACUAAUAGUGUGUGACUCCCCCGAAAGAAUUUUAUAGCCAGCUCUUUUUGAGAGACAUCGACAGGUGGUUAUCUUGAAGACUGCUUUUUUUUUUUUAACCCCCUCCUCCAACACCUAAAUCAAUGAAAUCUGUCCGCUAUUUCUUAGAAAACAAAUAUUUAAUAAUUAGAUCUGAAGGAAGUUUAAGUGUCAUAGCAGAUUCUUAUCCAAAUCUGCAUAGUCCUUGGGUAUUUCCCUGUGAUAUAUAUAUACUAUACUGCAAAUAUGAACAUUUACAUCAUAUUUUUAAAUACACACAUGCAAGCAUACAUUCACACAGAUGGACAUGGACAUGAACUCUUAUUAUUGAAUCAUAUUCUUUUAUAUUACAGGAAUACUUUCUUUAAGAUCGGUCUUAUUAAAAAAAAAAAAUUUAAUGGAGUAAAGAAAAACUGGAUAAAAUGACAGCUGAUUUUAUAAAAGAAGAAAAAUUUCAAAAAUAAAGCUAUGGGACUCCUGCCUUGGACAAGUUUCUACUCCUCCUUUUUAAUUUGCAGAAAAUUGCAUUAGCUUUGAACUGGAGCAAUAAAAUAUAUUAAAUCUUAUAAAAAUUUAGAAGAUUAGUUGAAAACAUAUUUAUGCAAUCAAACAUCAUUAGCAGAAGAAUACACAGUAUUAAAAUAAAAGAAACCCAGAUAAAUAAUUGCCAUCAUAACCAUUUGGGUCAAGAAACUAGAAAUAUUCCUUUGGUAAUAUUUUUUUUUGUAAUUUGUUUUAUUUGUAUUUUUCCAUUUUUCUUUGAACUGAUGAAGGAAAAGAACUUUGAUGGUGGCAGUGAUGGAUUGGGUGAGGUUUGAAUAUGUUAGGUUUUGUUGACCAAACCAUUGACUUUUUGAGUACUGUAAAUUGAGAACAUCAUAGAUCCAGUAUUCAAAAGGUUAAAACGAGAAAGAUGAAGAUGAAAAAAAAAAAUAAAAAACAAAGGUAUGUGCAAGGGUCUCAGGUUUUGUGUGUAAUCAAUGUAUAAACACCAUUACUGUUUACCUGAAACAUUGCUCUUUUCCCUGUUCCAUAUUUUCCCAACCAGAUUGGAGAAAAAAAAUCCCAAUGAAAGGAGAUUAAAAGAAAGACUGCUCUGAGGCAUCUUUCCUGUACACUGAUUUUUUUUUUUUUAAGAAAGAAUAAAAAAAAAAAAUUAGGAAGCUAAAUUAAGAUUUUAGAAUUUUAGUUCAAAGACAAGAGUAAGCUUUUGAAAGUAAACACAAAAACACAGUAUUACUUUCUUCUAAAGAAAAAAGUAAAAUAGAAACAAUAUUGACAAUUGUUAAGAAUUGAAGAGAGAUAAAUUAAAGAAAAGACUUCACAUUGGAAAAUUCUUUUUUUUUUUUCUUUUUUUUUUGUGGGGGUUAAUCAGGAUUGUUUUGGAAAUUGCUUUUUGUGUUAAGUACAAAGUUUCAAAUUGGAGUGUUUUAGUUCUUGUAGAAUUAGCAUAUUUGGGCUUGGAGUUGAAAUGGGAACGUGAGAAGAAAAAAAAAAACUAAAGAAAAGAGAAAAAAAAUGAACAAGCCACAUAGAAAAAUGAUGCUCUGGUUCUUCAGAGUUAGAAUAAAAAAUGACUGAAAGGGUU